AACUCUUUUAAUUGAGCAAUAACCUAAUAUGUCUGUGUGAUUCUUGUUUAUUUAGAAGUAUUUCUAUAUUUGGAGCAAUAACGCGGAAAUAACGAUGAGAUACACUGAUCAAAUUGGAAUAACAUUUGAUUGUCGUUGGAUUGAAUGGAAUUCAUAUGAAUGGAGCCCUGUAGUACAAUCUUAAAUUGUUUGAGCGAAACUAUCCAGACAAGGAGACAACUAAAAGAGUAGGCACUUAAAAGGUGUCGAAACCAGUAAAGGGAAAGAUUAAAAUAUCAAAAUACAACGAGCAGAUCACGACGAUUCGCUCUUCUUCUUCCUGGUUCUGUUUAUAGUAUAAUUUCUUAAAAUAGUUUCUUAAUUAGCAUUUUUUUGCGAAGGAGAGUGUGGAAAUAAAACUUGAUCAUUGCACCAACUUCCGGGUGAAAGAAGAAUAGGAUUGUUAAGAAUUUUUUUACUCACUUAUUGUUUUUUAUUUUGGACAGACAAAUCGUAUAAAAACAGUAAAGCCGUGUAAUAAAACUUCUGAAAAUACAGUGAAAAAAUAAGAAUAAUUUCAGGUUGAUCAUGUGAAAAUAGAAAAACCUCAAGUUAUAGUUAAGUCUAAAUGACUGUUAAAAAUGUUAACUUCUCAGCCCCCUCCCUCCCCCUUUUUCAAUGUAGGGUAACGUGCCCCUUAAGCAUAUGACCCUUUUUUUGUCCGUAGUGUAUAUUCGUACGCACUUUUGCCCAUUUUUGAGUACGUAUAUGUUCAUCCGCUAUUCGUACGUAAAGUGCUUUAGGGUUAGGGUUAGGAUUCUUUUUCCUUUUUUCUACGUAUGAAUAGCGCUACGCACUAUUAAUACGCACUUUAUGUCAUAUUAAAGUGCGUACGAAUAUACAGUUCCUUUUUUGUCUGAUUUCAUUAACCAAGUCGUAAAAAAACGAGCAUAUUGUUAUUGUUUAAGUUUCUUAGUUUCGUUUGGUUUGUUGUUCUUUAUUUUAAAAGUUUACGUUCUUCUACUUCAAUAAUUUUGUUUUCUGUCAAAUGAACGUAAACAAGGCGGUAUAAUGAGAGUAUAACUACACUUUAAGAAUUUGUAGAUCUAUUCUUGAUGAAUGGCUCAUACAGGUAAGUUCAAUGAAGCGAAACAAAUUACCAGAACUACACACAAUUCAUGUAAACAAACUUAAAAGAAUGCAAUUCUUGUAUUUGAUCUUGGAUUAAUUUUUAGAACCUCACAGCAGCAUUUUUUUUACCUGUAACCCUUUUUCUUCCUUCUCAUAUUUUGCUUUUAUCCAGAAGCAGUUGUUAGUUUUUGUUACUUUUUUAUAGCAUACAUCCAAGCGAGGUUAAAAGAAGAUGUAGCCAGCUAUGGAUUUGUGCGAUCUUCCGUUGACAUAUAUUCCAAAAAGCCCUUAUUGGAAAAAUAGUCUAUGAACAAAUAAAGAAGAGAGUUUCUUUGAUUUUAAGGAAGGGGGGGAUGGGGGGAUCUAACCAAUUAUAUUUUGUUUUUCCCACCACCACCACCACCGCCAUCACCAACAACAACAACAAAUUGUAUAGCGAAAUUUUAUGCGCAAUAUCGUCAAUCAAAACAAAACAAAUAUCCGCAUGAUAUUUUAUGACAGUUGCUAAGCAACUGGAUUACAUUUGAAUGAGCACGCGUUCUCUGAAUUUACGACAAAAAGAUAUGUCAACGAGCUGUCAAACAAACUCAUUCUAUUGUUUUCUUUUGAUCGCCUGCGAGCAUUAAAAAAGAUUAAUUCAGGUCAGCGGCUGUUAAUUCAUUUAAUUGCUCUCGCACCUGUUUGUGCUGCAUGGAAGAGAAAAAAUACAAUUCAUAUUUUGAAAGAGAGAAUCAUGAGAAAAAAUAAGGAUCAAUCGAUCAAAACUUGGUUGUAUGAUUCACGUGUUUUUUUGCUGACAUUGCAAAAAAAUAAAUUCAGCAGAGUUAACGCUGACCUGUGAUAUAGAGGAAAGAAAGAUCUCCGCUGUACGUGGUAACAGUAUAAUAUAUAACAUAUAUAUAUCAGAUACGGUUUUAAUGCUUCAGAUAUCGAAUGGAGCUCGGCGAGAGAGAAUUAUUUCAAUUACAUAUUUUAGCUGAACGAGCUGUAAAAGAAAAUAUUGAGAAGAUGAAAGAUCUGGAACUGAAACUUUGUCGAACUUGUCGUGUUUGCGGAGAUCGAGCGUCGGGACGUCAUUAUGGCGUGCCGUCCUGUGAUGGGUGUCGGGGUUUUUUUAAACGAAGUGUUCGUCGAAAUGUCGGCUACAGUUGUAAAUACAAUAGGAAUUGUGCUGUUGAUAUCAAACGUCGGAAUCAGUGUCAAUAUUGUCGCUUUCAACGAUGUCUAAUCGUUGGAAUGAACAAACACGCUGUGCAACAUGAAAGAUUACCCAGAAGACUGGCUGGUGUCACAUGUAAAAACAACAUUCCAAACAACACUAUUUUUAACCCACAAAUUCCCGGAAUAAUUAAUUUUAACACGCCUAUUUCUAUGCCUGCAUCACAAAUAUAUUUCUUAGAUGCACUAAGUCCGUUACCUACGCCAAGUCCAAACUUAUUAAGUCCAACAUGCGUGCCAAGUUUCUCCAGGUUUCCUUUCUUCCAACCGACGCCACCUUGUAUGAAUCGGCCGGUUGUUCAAGAAAAUAAAACUCCUCAAGAAAUUAAAAAACCUGACUCUGAAGAACCAUCAAUAGAUAACGUAAAGACAUCUUCACCCGAUAUUAUGAGACCGAUAAAAAUCAACUGUUCGUCUCCUGUCACGCCUAUGUCAAAACGUUCGGCAGAAUACACGAUCGAAUCUCUACUCAAAGUAUCAAGCGACAAUCGCCCGAAAUCUACUCCCCAUUUGUUGACGCCGCCGACUUCGCCGCAGCACCCGGCAGACACGCAAUAUAACGAACACGUACCUGCAGCGUUGCUGUGUAUACUCGAAAACGCUAUCGCGUGUGUUCAUACCGUUCCUGCGUUUCGCGACUUGUCUAACGAUUCAAAAACGAACGUACUAGAAGAUUCGUGGAUGCAAAUCUUUCUUCUUGGAAUUUACGAAUCAGGAUAUCCCGUUGAACCGAUAUUAUUGUACCUUCAGAACAUUACAAGGCUUUCACCAGCUUUUCAAAAUUAUCAAGGGUUAAUGAAAUUGAAAAUUUCAAUGAAUAUGUUACAGGAGUAUCAUGUGGAUCCAAUGGAAUUAGCAUAUAUGAGGACAAUCACGCUGUUCUAUCCUUAUCGCAACUCUCUACGUCCAGCACGCCUUGAUAGACUUCACGAAGAAUCAAAAAAUAUGCUAAUCGACUACGAUCGUAAAACUUACCCUGAACUUAUAUCACGAUCUGGUGCGUUGUUUGCUAUUAUUGGCCAUAUGCAAGAAAUCCCGAAUAGCUUGGGAAAGUUACUAUUUCCAAACAUGAGCGACAUGAAAAACCUCAUUCAUCAUAUUCAUACUACCAUCGUAAAUGAGCAUUUGAAACAAACCACGACAAACUUAAAAAACCCAUCAUAACAGAGAAAAUAUAUGUAUAUAAUUUUUUAUGAAUAUAUUUUAUUAAUUAAGAAAAUUUCAAAAUAUUAAA